GCCUCGCAAGGACUAUCACCCUUGAAGCCGUGCCAGGUGGCCACGGGCAUCGCCCCAGGGGGCGUCGGGAAGGAGGCCACCCCCGCCACCUACCAGCGAGGUGCACACGUGGUGACCCGUUUGGGGCCGGGUUCCCAGCUCCCGGCUCCUCCUCCCGGUCCGUGCUCCCCUCACUGCAGUAUCACGUGCGCCCGGGCCGGGUGCAGGAUGGCGGCGGCGGCGGCGGCGGCGGCGGCAGUGGUGGCUGGUGCCAGUCUCCGGUGCUGCUGCAGCCGAGGUGCAGUGUUCUUGCUGUUUUUCUCGCUGUCCCCUCAACCUCCAGCCUCGGCCGCUUGGCUGCUAGGGCUGAGGCCGGAGGAUACCGCGGGCGGCCGCGUCUCCCUGGAGGGGGGAACCCUGCGCGCUGCCGAGGGGACCAGUUUCCUUUUGCGGGUCUAUUUUCAGCCGGGCGCCGCGACGAGCGCGGCGCUGCUCCCUGCCCCGACCCGCUCCUCGGGGGAGAAUGACACCAGCGACUGGGCCCCGAGGCUGGUGUUUAUCGAAGAGCCCCCCGGAAGCAGUGUCGUGGCCCCGAGCGCCCUCCCGAGCCGACCCCCGGGGUCUCAGCGGUGCCGCGAGCAGAGCGGCUGGGCAUCGGACGUGGAGGUCCUGGGUCCGUUGCGGCCCGGCGGCGCGGCAGGCUCGGCUCUGGUGGAGGUGCGGGUGCGAGAGCUGCGCAAGGGGGAGGCGGAGCGGGCCAGCGCGGGAGGCCGCGGGAAGCUCUUUUCGUUGUGCGCCUGGGACGGGCGCGCUUGGCACCAUCACGGCGCGGCGGGCGGCUUUCUGCUGCGAGUCAGGCCGAGGUUGUAUGGCCCGGGCGGUGAGCUGCUGCCCCCCGUCUGGCUGCGGGCUUUAGGAGCGGUCCUGCUGCUCGCCCUGUCGGCCCUGUUCAGCGGCCUGCGCCUGAGCCUGCUCUCCCUGGACCCGGUGGAGUUACGGGUGCUGAGGAACAGCGGCUCGGCCGCGGAGCAGGAGCAGGCGCGCCGGGUGCAAGCGGUGCGGGGCCGCGGGACUCAUCUGCUGUGCACCCUCCUGCUGGGGCAGGCUGGAGCCAACGCAGCUCUGGCUGGUUGGCUGUGCGCCUCGCUGCCCCCGGGCAUAGGGGAUGGAGGGGAAGAAGACUGGGACGGAGGAAGUCACUUUCCCUGGCUGCCCACGCUGCUGUGCACCGGCGCCGUGUUUCUGGGCGCCGAGAUCUGCCCGUACUCGGUAUGUUCCCGGCACGGGCUGGCCAUCGCCUCCCACAGCGUCUGCCUGACCCGGCUCUUAAUGGCUGCUGCCUUCCCGGUGUGCUACCCGCUGGGCCGCCUGCUGGAUUGGGCGCUGCGCCAGGAGAUCAGCACCUUCUACACUCGGGAGAAGCUGCUGGAGACGCUGAGGGCCGCGGACCCCUACAACGACUUGGUCAAGGAAGAGUUAAACAUGAUCCAGGGCGCCCUGGAGCUGCGGACUAAGGUGGUGGAGGAGGUGCUGACCCCUCUGGGGGAUUGUUUCAUGCUCCGCUCGGACGCCGUGCUCGAUUUCUCCACGGUUUCCGAGAUCCUGCGCAGCGGCUAUACCCGUAUCCCAGUGUACGAGGGUGACCAGCGGCACAACAUCGUGGACAUCCUGUUUGUCAAGGACCUUGCCUUUGUAGACCCUGACGACUGCACCCCGCUCCUUACAGUCACUCGAUUCUACAAUCGGCCCCUUCACUGUGUCUUCAAUGACACCCGGCUGGACAUGGUGCUGGAGGAGUUUAAGAAGGGAAAAUCUCAUCUAGCUAUUGUCCAGAGGGUGAAUAAUGAGGGAGAAGGAGAUCCCUUUUAUGAGGUGAUGGGCAUCGUUACUCUAGAGGACAUCAUAGAAGAAAUAAUCAAAUCAGAGAUCCUGGAUGAAACAGAUUUAUAUACAGACAAUCGGAAAAAGCAGCAGGUGCCUCAUCGGGAGAGGAAGAGACAUGAUUUCUCCCUUUUCAAGCUUUCAGACUCUGAAAUGAAAGUGAAGAUUUCACCACAGCUUCUAUUGGCGACACAUCGAUUUAUGGCCACAGAAGUGGAACCCUUUAAAUCUCUGUACCUUUCGGAAAAGAUCCUGCUUCGACUCCUGAAACAUCCCAAUGUGAUCCAAGAACUGAAAUUUGAUGAGAAGAACAAGAAAGCACCAGAGCACUACCUUUACCAACGCAACCGGCCUGUGGACUAUUUUGUGCUUCUUUUGCAGGGUAAAGUAGAAGUAGAGGUUGGUAAAGAAGGUCUUCGCUUUGAGAAUGGAGCCUUCACUUACUACGGUGUGCCGGCCAUCAUGUCCACUGUGUGCUCAGAUAAUGAUGUGCGGAAGAUUGGAAGUCUGGCUGGAUCCUCCGCCUUUUUGCCUGUCUCAGUGUCCCGUACCUUCGCCUUCAGCAGAGGGGAAUCCUUGGCAGGCUCCCCAGUAAACCGAUCCCCUUCUCGCUGCAGUGGGUUGAACCGCUCUGAGUCUCCAAACCGAGAGCGCAGUGACUAUGGGGGCAGCACCACCCAGCUGUACAGCAGCAACAACCUCUACACGCCUGACUACUCAGUCCACAUCCUCAGUGAUGUGCAGUUUGUGAAGAUCACUCGACAACAGUAUCAGAAUGCACUCACUGCUUGCCACAUGGAUAGCUCCCCUCAGUCUCCAGACAUGGAGGCCUUUGCUGAUGGAGAUUCCACCAAGGCACCAACUUCUCGUGGAACCCCGCAGACCCCUAAGGAUGACCCUGCCAUCACCCUUCUCAAUGAUAGGAACAGUCUUCAGUGCAGCCGGACAGAUGGUUUGAAGAGCCCUAGUGAAGCGGUGUACCUGAAGAUGGAAGAAAUCUCCUUCGAACAGGAGGAACUGAAUGCCGAGGAGAGCAGAAAUCCUCAGUUUCUUCCAGUUAGACCAGAAACAGACAGUGAAUGUUGUAAUCUCAUCUUGGACUCGGAGGACCCUAACCUGGGGAGUAUGACCAGCCCCUCCAGCAGUGACUUUGAGGAGACACUGGGCAAGAAAUUGCUGAGAACUUUAAGUGUCGGGAAAAGGAAGAGGUCACCAGAUGGGGAGAGGACCCCUGAGGAGAAUUCCAAUUUAACACCUCUAAUCACAUGACAGGAAAUUAUGCUUGAACAUUAGGUGGGUGGAUGGAUUUCCACAUGCUUUGGAAAAGAUCAUCCCUUCUAUCAUCUCCUCCAUCUCCAGAGACCUGCCAAAGGCAAUAAGGCACCAUGUUUUUCGUUUCCUCCAUGUUUCCUAACUGUCAAUUUCAGCAGAUAUUUCCUUUCACCUCCAUUCUGGCUCAGAGCCUUGCUGAUGUUGUAAAGGAAACCAAUGCCCUGAAUGGAACAUUAUGGAAAUGGUGUAAAGAAGUGACCGCAGCUUACCAGAACUCCCUUCAAGACCCAUCUCUUCCAACUCCCUGGUGGAUCUUUGGGAUCCCCUGAUGCUUUCUUAGAUCAUCUAUUUUCAUUUCAUCAGUCCUUUCUCUAGGAAAGAAAGCCAUUGUUGACCCAAUUGAAACAUCUGCACAUGACUCAGCUCCAAGUGGGUUGGAGGAUGGAGAGGCAGGUGAGAAAAUUGAUGCAGGAGAGAAUGUAGAAAAUAAGGUUUCAAAGCAUUAUUUGAAUAAAUUUUAUAAAUGUAUACAUAUAUAUACAUAGAUGCAUACAUGUAUGUAUAUAUAUAUAUGUAUCUGUGUAUAUGUAUAUAUGUGUGUGCGUAUAUACACACACAUAUAUAUAUAUUAUAUAUAUUUAUACUUAUAUAUUUCAACAUAGUCGUCAAACACUUAAGAGAUUCUUCCAGUAGUCCAAUUCCUGCUCAUGAAGGAUUAUGAUGGCAGUGGCCUGCAAGUAUCCAUAGUGGCUUAGGGAAUGAUAGAGAAGAUUCUUUAAGUAGCUUUUCUUGCCCAGGAAUAGAGGGCAAAGGUUGGACCACACCUUCAGCAUGCCUUGUGCAGCACCCACCAGUCACUGAUCAGUCUAUACGUCUGUGCUAGAAGACAGGCUUAUGUGGAUCAGCCAAAUCCCAGGGGGAAGCCAAGUAAUGAAAUUUCAGCCUUUAAGGAAAGUAGCAAGAAACCUGUAAACAGCUAUGGAAAUGAGUUUUGCUACUUGAGAAACCAAAGAGUGCCAGGUCAGUCAAAGAGAGUGGCCCAUUUGUAUGUUUCUUUCUCAAGGAACUGCAGUGUGCAUCCCCAGAAAAGUUGGAGAAUUAUUUCUCACAUGCUCCUUCUUUUUCUCUCUCCUCUUUAUCCUCUUCCUCUUUCUCCUUUUAUGGCUAGACUGGCUGGCCAGCUUAGCAGCCUCUUUCAUUUUCUGCUCUUUCUCAAGGGAUGCUGAGGAAAGGCAGUUUUCAGAAAUAGCCAUAUGGCAGUGUAAUGACCAUAUCUUGGUAAGUCCUGGCAUCUUAGUCGGGAAUAAGUGUGCCUACAAAGAGAUCCUUUGUCUUCUGUUCCUUCUUCUGUUCUGGCCCAUCUCCUUCCUAAUUGUUGUCCUGAGGGCCUGGUGCCCUCAAGGAACCUAAAGUGCUUCACCAACACUAGCCCUUUCCAUGUGCCCCAUUUUCCAGAAUUAUCUCCCCCUACUUCUUUUCCCACAUCACCCAGCCUCUCAAAACUUCUCAUCCCUUAGAGAUGAUCUCAGCUGAGUGCUAAGAAGACAUCAAUCAGAUUUAACUAGUUCAUGGUAACAUGGAAAGUGUUUAUAAUUAUCCCUGGAUAUUUGCAUCUUUUAAAAGAGUGUUAGUUUACCCAAAUAAAUGUGUCAUUGUUAGAACUCAGACUCCAUGGGGCAAAAUGAAGAAAAUGAUUUUGUCCGCUUUAAGAGAGAGUUUGGGAAAGGGAAUUGGAGUGGUGUCUAUCUCAUCUCAACAUCCCUUAAAUUGUACCACACAGACAAUUGCCCACUUUACCCAUGAAUAUUGGAAACUAUUGGAGACUCCUUAAAGAUGCUGAGGGAUUGGUUACAGGCCUGCUCACUGUAAGACUCCUCCCUCUCUUUUUCCCCAAACCAGGAACCAAUUUCCCAGUAGAGUGGGUGUUGUGAAAGCCUCACUUCUAAGUGAGAUGGAAAUUUAGGAGUCUCAGCGUGUGUAUGGCCCUAUGCAGUGUGGUGCUGACCUUUCCCUUCUAAGCAUGGCCAGCAGCCCAGUGGUGCAUGACCUCACAUAAACUCUCUUGCUGCAUAAGAAUAUUUGUACCCCAAUGCUUUCAGUGCCAUCAGCCAGGACUAGAAAACCUUGUUGAGGUCUGUCAGGAGGUUUGAGUCAGAGCAGCUAUUUACCCAUUCCUCUUACCUUUCAUGCAUGGGCCAGAAGGACCUAGAUCUAGGCCAAAAAUUCUUCCCUUCACUCACCAGACAUCUGGUUCCUUACUCCCUUCUUCCCUUCCCUCAUCAGGCCUUGGGUCUCAGCUCUUGGCUAUGUUUCUACUCUAUUGAAGAGAUUAGAGGGAGAGCCUCUCAUCAGUACCCUUCCCCAACUUCAUUCCUUCCUUCCCCCCAUCUCCCCAGCCAAUAAUUCAUUUUUCUUCAGGUAAAAAGUACUUGGUGAGAAGAUUUUAGAUAAAGUAUUUAUGAAGGAUCAAAUAAAUUGUAAAUAGUUUUUAAAUAAAAUGGAAAUGCCUUUCCUGGA